GUUCGGUUUAAAAGCGAUUCUUACGUCAGUGUGAGACUGAAGUCAGUUUAUCAGGUGUCUGCGAGUGAACAGUUUGAGUGCAGGUUGAUUAGCAGUGAGCUGUUAGCAAACAGCGUCGGGAAUGAUGAAUGUUCACAUGGAACAAAUCCACACAACAUCCAAUGUGCUCUUGUAUAUUCCCGCAUUGUCAUGUGAGAGUCAGAUGAGAUCGAGGAGGAGCGUGCGCGCGCGCGCAGCAGGGUUUCAUGUUCACCAUGGAUGGAUGGGUGACUGAGUGAGCGGGCCCACUGGACCCCACCUACAGAACGAGAACACGAACCACUACAAAAAGACACUAAAGCACAAAGACAAAGCUGAAAACCCCAUUUCAUAUGGACAACAGACAUCUACAGAGGAUCAACAAAGAUGAACCAGAAGCUCAGCCUGGAGGGCCAGGUGUACUCGGUGCCUCUCAUCCAGCCAGACCUGAGGAGAGAGGAGGCCGUCCAUCAGAUCGCAGAUGCAUUACUCUACUUGGAGACCAUCUCUACGGAUAUCUUCAGAAGGGUGUCUGAGAGUGUGGAGAAUAACCGGCGCCAGCUGCAGAGCGUCACCGACCGGAUCAGAUUCGCUCAGGCCCGUGUUGACAAGAUCAAAGGCAGUAAGAAGGCCACCAAGGUUUUCUCUAGUGCCAAGUACCCGGCCCCAGAUCGACUUCAGGACUACUCGUCUAUCUUUACUGGGGCUACAGACCCCUCCUCACAGACCCGCCCCCGACAUAGAAUACAGAACAAACUUCGGCCCUUUGAUGAGAAAGCCUUACAGGAGAAGUUGAUGCAUUUCCCAGUGUGCGUAGGCAACAAGAAGAAGUCUGAGGACGAGACAGAGGAAGGACUGGGAAGUCUGCCUCGCAACAUCUCAUCUGUCAGCUCCCUGUUGCUCUUUAAUACCACAGAGAACCUAUAUAAGAAGUACGUGUUCCUUGAUCCUCUGGCGGGAGCAGUGACUAAAACACACAUGACACUAGAGACGGAAAAAGCAGAGAAACCGUUCGACGCUCCAUUGUCCAUUACUAAGAGAGAACAACUAGAAAGACAGACAGCAGAAAGUUAUUUUUAUGUGCCAGACCUGGGCGAGGUGCCCGAGAUUGAUGUGCCAUCUUACCUACCUGACCUGCCGGGCAUAGCCGACGACCUGUCCUACAGCGCAGACCUCGGGCCUGGCUUUGCCCCGUCAGGACCUACUCACAACAUCCCGGAGCUGCCCUCCUUCCCUGAAGAAAGCAAUGCACUAGGAUCUCAGCUCCAGCCUAAUGCUCCACUUCUGCCGCCACCCCCUCCUCCCCCCCCUCCUCCCGAACCUGCCCUGUCUUCUGCUAGUCCUGCAGGAGCUCCCCCUCCUCCACCUCCCCCACCCCCUCCUCCCGUCGACAGCCCAACAGCAGUCCCUCGACUGCCAAGUUCAGGUCCCAUGUCUGGUACUCCCAGCGAGGUGGUCCAGCCGUCAGACGGCCGCGCCAGUCUGCUGGAGUCUAUCCGCAACGCCGGAGGCAUAGGCAAAGCCCAGUUACGCAACGUCAAAGGGCGCAAGAUGGAGAAGAAGAAACAGAAGGAGCAGGAGCAAGCAGUGGGAGCGGCGUCAAGUGGUGGAGACUUCAUGUCUGAUCUCUUCAACAAACUUGCUAUGCGAAGGAAAGGUAUAUCUGGUAAGGGUCCUGCAGGUGGAGAGUCGAGUGAUGCUCCCCCAGGUACCGGCGGCGCAUUUGCUAGGAUGUCAGACGUCAUCCCACCACUUCCUGCACCACAUUCAGCAACAGACGACGACGACUGGGAAGCAUAAUGCAUUGGACAAUGAACACUUAAAGCACUGAUGUAAAAUGUACAGUAAUUUUCCUCGAAAUGCCAGUGAUGAGUGCAUCAAAGUAGUUGAACAAAGCCUUACUGAUGAUAAAACAAUUUAUUGAUAUCAUAUUAAUUGUAAACAUUUUCAUGAAAUUAACAGAUGUCAUCAGAACAGAUCACAGAAACAUCUCUCUAACACCUUUCAUUAUCAUUAAAUAAAAGUAUUUUUUUUCAUUACA